UCCGCACACACACACGCACGCGCACACACACACACACACACACACACACACAGAGCAGUGCUACCGUCCUCCCCGGCAGCUGCUGUCUUCGCCCUGCUGGCUGAUGGCAGGUGACACAGACAAAACUGGUAAAUCAGUGUUAGAGGCGGAGGUGUAGACUUGCUCAAAGGGUAAGACUUUUCUUCCUGGCAACGUUAAGCAGCAGCCAAGAAAGAAAAAAAGUUAAAACGGGGGGAAGAGAGAAAGGGAGAAAGGAGAGUGAGGUAAAGAGCCAAAGAAGGACCUGCAUUGUCGGUGGCCAGCCCAGACAGGGGUUUCAUUUAGCUGUGUGUGUGCGUGUGUGUGUGUGUGCGUGUGGAGGAGGAGGAGGGGUUGGGAGGCACGGACUCUCGUCGUGGCGCCGGGAGCCCGGCUCUCCUCUCUGACCGGCAGCCCGGGGAGCCUGGUCACGGCGGGACCGUCAGCAGCCCGCGGCGGUCGCACAAGCGGGGAGGGAACCGCCAUGGAUGCACUAGUGCAGCCGAACCGUCCCGUCGCCUGGAUUCCUGCGCCGCUGCCGGACCCCGUCCCGCUCAGGCGAAGCCGUUCCCUGUGAGGUUUCGUGGUUCUUCCCAAUCAUGAUCCCUGGAUGUGGAUUUCCUCCUCCUCUCCUUGACUUUCAGCCCCAUCUGCACACCUUCCACUGUGGAGGAGAGAGCUGCGACAUGUGGAUCCCAAGCUCACCCGAGUCCCAGGCUUUGACUGAGGCAUGGAAAGACAGGCCCUUCCCACGACAGGGGAGCCACCCUGUCGCCGUGUGCCAACAGGAGACGUUGGCCUUCAUCGGGUUGCACCAGCCUGGCGCCGAAGGCCCGGGCUCCCUCCCGCUGAACAGACACAGCCUAACCCCCUCGCCGGACCCCUGGCAUCGGACAUGGGCGGGUAGCGAGAACACGUCUGCAGCUACCAACACGUGCCACCUGGAUGAAGCACAAGAUCCAGUGGGCCGAAGGUGGCCCAAGAUCCUUGAGCUGAGUCAGUCUGACCUCCAAGAGGUUGGGAGAGACACUGUACCGGUUGCCUCGCAACCCCCUUCACCACCAAUCUCCACCGACUCCUCUAGUCCCCCGUCCGCUCUGGGAGAAGGCGAGUCACUUUCCUACGAGCGCUCCCGCUCCCGGGACUCUGGGCUACGCAGCCCAGACCUGUGUCCGCAGCGACGGACCUCGCAGGGCUCCCUCAAGGAGAAAUCCAUACGGCGUAAGAUCCGGGUGUAUUCCCCCGAGAGCUUAAACGACGAGCUGUUGAGCGGCCCCAGCCUGGAGUGCGAAUACCUCUUCCCCAGACCCUCUGUGGAGGAGGAAUUGGGGUUUCUCAUACCUCCCUGCACUAUCCCUCCAACAGGGGGGGGCAGAGAGCCGCAGCACAGCUCCCCCUCAGCUCUGCCCUUGUCCAGCAGAGGCCGGGCGACUCCGGCCGAGGGCCCCUCGGCGGGAGGCGCGCCUUACCGUCCCGCCGACCAGGAGCGCCGCAGGUUCUCGGCAUCCGAGCUCAUCUCAAGGCUCCAGCUGUCCCAGAGGAAGAGCUCCUUCGCCCUCAAGCUGGGCAAGUCCCUGUCGGCGCGCGCGGCCCCUCGCGACCGGCCGCCCGUCCACGGUGUCGCCCCCAACAAGCCUCACGGUAGAGACCACAGCUCGGGAGGUUCCGGUGACGGCGCCCCCCACGGCCCCACGGGAGCCGCACCGCCGGUGCCCCCUGGUGAGAAGACGGCGCAUAGAGGGAGCUCCAGGCCGAGCGGGAGGAAGGACUCUGUCGACGAGGACACGGGUUCGCCUGCUGGUUCCGGCUCCAAACGCCUCUCGCGGUUCCUGCCCAGCCUGUUGCUCUACCAGGAGUACAGCGAUGUGGCCAUCAACAGAGAAAUCCAGCGACAGCAAGGGCCCGAACCGGGAGGAGAAGAGGAGGGCCUCGGGGAAGCCACUCCACCCGAAAACUUGUCUCCGACCAGCUCGUUCCGCUCAUCGCGGGGUUCGGCCUUCUCCUUGUGGCAGGACAUCCCAGACGUCCGGUCCAGCGGCAUGCUGGACUCCUUCAGCAACGAGGAGCGAAAGUUGCAGGAGGCUAAAUUUGAGCUGGUGACGUCGGAAGCGUCCUACAUGCGCAGCUUGGCCAUUGCCGUGGACCAUUUUAUGCUGUCUCGCGAGCUAGGCGAGUGCCUCGGGGCCCAGGAGAGGCAGUGGCUCUUCUCCAAGCUGCCUGACGUGAAGGACGUCGGUGAGAGGUUUCUGCAGGACCUAGAGCAGCGCCUAGAGGAGGACAUCCUGCGCUUCGACGUGUGCGACAUCGUGCUUGCCCACUGCCCGGCCCUCCGCAGGGUCUACCUGCCCUAUGUCACCAACCAGGCCUACCAGGAGCAGACAUACCAGCGCCUCCUACAGGAGAAUCCGCGCUUCUCCAGCAUCCUGGCUCGUCUGGAGGAGCAUCCCAUUUGUCAGCGGCUCCCUCUCACCUCCUUCCUCAUCCUUCCCUUCCAGAGGAUCACGCGGCUCAAGAUGCUGGUGGAGAAUAUUUUGAAAAGAACCACCCCUGGCUCUCGAGAUGAAGACACUGCUACCAAGGCUUUUAAUGAGCUGAAAAAGAUCAUAAAAGAGUGUAACUCCAGUGUUCAGUCAAUGAAGAGAACGGAAGAACUCAUCCAUCUGAAUAAGAAAAUCCACUUUGAGGGCAAGAUUUUCCCCCUAAUCUCACAGUCCCGAUGGCUUGUGAAACACGGCGAACUGUGUGAAGUGGACACACAGACUAUGAGUAUUUCCGGGUCAAAGCUCAAGUUGCCGACACGGCCGGUCUACCUACACCUCUUCAACGAUUGCCUUUUGCUGUCAAAGAAGAAAGACACCUGGAAGUUUGUAGUGUUUGUACAUGCCAAGAUUGGAGAGCUGAAGGUGAAAGACAUUAGCCAGAAGCUGCAGGGCAUCUCAGGGUACAUCUUCCACUUGCAGCUCUGUGAGGGUCAGCUGCUGAAGCACCAGAUCCUGCUGAAGGCUCGCACCGAGAGUGAGAAACAGCGGUGGAUCACAGCCAUGGUGCCCUCAGAUCCUGAGAUGAGUGGAGACCAGAUCAUUGAGAACGGAGAUCUCUCUCAAGUUCAGUGUAUGAAGAGCUACCAGGCUGUCGAGCAUGAUGAACUUACGCUUGAGAAGGCUGACGUUCUGCAAGUGAAGAAUAUCACCAGUGAUGGGUGGGUUGAGGGGAUCCGGUUGUCUGAUGGUGAGCGGGGCUGGUUCCCCAAGACCUACGUGGAGGAGAUCACAAGUCGCAGUGCCCGGAUGCGUAACCUCAGAGAGAAAAACCGUAUCAAGUGUGCCACUCAGAAGCUGGAGGAAGAGUUUCUUUGAGGACUGCUUACGCUCUCAAAUGCUGUUGCCCUGUGAUGGCAGAGCAGUGCAAUCGCAAAGCAUUUGGUUGGUGCCUUCAAACUGAGAUAGCCUGCAUCUUUGACUUUUUGCAUGCCUGCUUCACAGAUUGCCUUCAUUUUCACAUCUGCAUUGACCAACGUGGAGAGUCAAUAUCACAGGCCCAAAGAUUACCGCUGCAUGGACCCUGUUGGUUGCUUCUUCACUCAGUCUUAUGAGAUUCAGCAAUAACUUUGUAUAUCUGAUACUCGUUCAUCAUACUUAUGAUCUUCACAGACUGAGAGGCUGAAGCACAGAAAAAGUGUUAACUGUUAAUCUUAUUAAUUUAAGCGUUUUCCCACAGAGGCGCGGUCCGUUUUAGAUCUGGGUUUUAAUUUUGGGUUGUAAUUAAUUAAUUAAAAUAUGCAAGAUUAACUGAUGCCAGGAGCAAUCAAAAUCAAUGUAAUAAUUUA